AGGCCCCGCCCCGCCCCGCCCCUCACUUCCGGCGGGCGCCGAGCUGGUCUCCAGGAGCCCGGGCGCCGCGCCAGCAGUUUCCAUGGGGACUGAGUGGCGAUGGCACCGCGAGGCCGCAGGCUGUCGUCCAUCUCCCUGGAGAUCCUGCUCUUUCUCAAUGGCUGGUACAGCGCCACCUACUUCCUGCUGGAGCUUUUCGUGUUCAUGUACAAAGGUCUCCUGUUACCAUACCCAACCGCCAACCUAGUUCUUGACCUGGUCAUGCUCUUCCUUUACCUUGGCAUUGAAAUCAUCCGCCUCUUUUUUGCCACGAAAGGGAACCUCUGUCAAAGGAUGAUGCCUCUCGCGAUCAGCUUGGCCAUGACCUUUCCGUCAGCCGUGAUGGCCUUCUAUUACCUCCUGCUGCAGACCUACGUUCUGCGCCUCGAAGCUGUGAUGAGUGCCAUCCUGCUCCUUUUCUGCGGCUUAGAGCUGCUGCUUGAGGUGAUCACACUCACCACCUUCAACAGCAUGGAUGCAUACUGAAGUAUAGGCGGCCUGUUGAGCCCUGGUGACGUGGCCCCCGGCGCCCAGAGGCACGUGCUCUUGGGGAGGCCGGUCCUUUGACUCGGUCUGGCAGCAUCUUGUAGACCGGCCUAGAGAACGUGUUCUCCGUCUCCUUCAGGAUAGCAGAGCACACGGCCCUCUCCUAGGCCGUUGCGCGUGGUCCUUACUUGGCACCUCCGUUUGUCACAACCAGAGCACUGGGUGUGGAUUGUCUAGGCCCCUCGCCUGUUGUUCGUGUGUGUGUGUGUUGUAUAUAUGUCUGUGCCCCUAGAAGCACCGAGCACCUGUUUUUCACAAGGGUGUCUUCCUCCACUAAACCCAAUCAAGACCUCAUCCCAUUCAUUCCUUGAAGGGGAUGAGCUUCAUUCAGAAGGGACCAGGCACCAACGCUCAGUAGCUUGGGGUGUUUUUUUUCUUACGCUAUGUCUUGGAACAAAUGCUAUUUAUUUACAAUAAAUAUUUAUUUUCUGUU